AUGGAAGAGGAGGACCCAGUACAGGAAGAGCCAGAGGAGCAGGAGGAACUGGAGGAGCAGGAAGAACCAGUAUAUGAAGAUGGAGGAGAGCAACAAGACUACACAGAGUACCAAGAUCAGGAUGCCCAGGAGGAAGAGGAGGAACGUCCUCGACCAAAACCCUUGGUCCCCCAGCUUGCCCCACCAAAAAUACCAGAGGGGGAGAGAGUGGACUUUGAUGACAUCCACAGGAAACGGAUGGAGAAAGACCUUCUGGAGCUGCAGACCCUGAUCGACGUCCAUUUUGAACAGAGGAAGAAAGAGGAGGAGGAGCUCAUUGCACUGAAGGAGAGGAUUGAGAGGCGUCGGUCAGAGAGGGCGGAGCAGCAGCGGGUUCGAGCUGAGAAGGAGCGAGACAGACAGACAAGAAUCGCGGAGGAGCGUCAGAGGAAGGAGGAUGAGGAGGCCAAGAAGAGAGCAGACGAUGAAGCCAAGAAGAAGAAAGUUCUCUCUAACAUGGGGGCCCACUUCGGGGGGUUCCUGGCCAAGGCAGAGCAGAGGAGGGGGAAGCGACAGACAGGCCGGGAGAUAAAGAGGAAAACUCUGACAGAGAGACGUACCCCCCUGGGCAUCGACAACCUGCGAGAGAAUGACCUCAUGGAACGAGCUCAGGAGAUGUGGGAUUGGAUCUAUCAGCUGGAGUCUGAGAAAUUUGACUACAUUGACGUGAUGAAGAAGCAGAAAUAUGAGAUUAUUGUUCUCUUGAAUAGGAUCUCCCAUGCCCAGAAAUUUAAAAAAGUCCACGGAAAAGGCAAAGUUGGCGGUCGUUGGAAGUGAAGCGCCCUCUAGAGGUGAAGUGACGGAAGUACGAACGGACGAGUGAAUAUGGAGACUGUUUUCAUGCUGUUCCAGGACGGGAACAAGAAGAAAAUCAGUGCCUCUUUUCCAUCCAUGCCUUUCCUGCUUUAAAUGCAUGUAUUCAACCAUGAAAUAAUAGCACAUGAUGUAUAAAUAAUAAAACUGUUUGCAUUUUA